CGAAUCUCCAUGCCCAAAACAAAAGGUUAAAGGGCGUGCACAUGCAAUUUUAAACUUCAUAGAUCUAGUAGCAAAUUAGACUGCUAUAGAAUCCCUGUAGAUAUUUUUAUUUUGUAAAGGUUGCGUGUCUUUAUCCUCUGCAAAUAUAUAUUACAUUUUCCUAUACAGUCGACAUUCAUAACCCGACAAGAAGUUGAUUUUCGAAGAGACGUACAAACGACACCACACAUAAUUUGUUUUCAGACAUCCAACAUUUAUAAAUCCGGAAUCGCGUUCUCGAUUCGACUAUGCGAGGAAGCUGGAGACGAUUAGUUUGAUAAAGACAUCUGUUUUCUCUCGAGUGGAAAUGCAGGAUAACAGAAAUCAGAAAGGGUUGCGAGUUGAAUUGCGGUGAAAUUUGAAUAAAGGAGCGAGAAAGAAGAUAAAGGAGGCAGAGGGCAUAAACAUAAUUAGUAUUAUUAUUAUUGGAAGAUGCAGUGGUUGGUGAACGGGAAUUCUAAGUAUGGGUACGGGAUGUGGUAUGACAUAGCUGUGAUAGCCCCUUCGGUGGCGUUUCUCACGUUUCUGGUGUUGCAAAUGAAGAGCAGUCUGGAAAAAUUAAGGCGAAGCGGAUCAUCAUCAUACAUCAUGGCCUCCUGCUACGCCUUACUUUGGCUCGUCGCAAUUUUUAAUCUCCUCUGGUGUUUACUUCAGGUAUGGCAGGGUCUUCCUUCACAAGCCACUGCAUUUAAUGUGCUGUCUUUGGUAACAAGAUCUGGGAUGCUGCUUCUGGAAGUCAGUGUGGUGGUGUUUUUAUUACAAGGAAAUCAUGUCAGGGGAUGGGAUGCUUUGCUGCAAUCUCUAAUUUUAUCAAGCAUCAUUGCUGGCAUCGAUGUCACUGUGAAGGCAAUAUACAUAUUUGGUUAUGGUGUGCCUCUGUUCAUUGAUGGCAACGAUGUAGGAGAUUGGCACAAGUGGGGGUUUUGGCUUGUACAUAAGCUCCUGCUAGUUGCUGUUUAUGCUUCUAUUCUAUGUCUGCCUCACACCAAAUGGCAAAACAGAUUACCAGCUAAGCCAACUUUUUACAACUAUAUUUGUGCACUCUUUGUCCUGAAUACAACAUCUGCUCUUGGCUGUGGCUUGCUGGCAUCUGGGAUUGGCUUUGGAUACUGGAUCUAUGGCAUUACAAAUAUCUGCUACCAUGCUUUCUAUCCUCCUCUGCUAUAUGCAACUUUUCUUAGGGACUUUUUCCAGGAAGAAGAUUUGCACUUAGAGGAUGUAUAUUACUCCGAAAUGAAGGAUGCUGGAUUCUUUGAUGCUGACUGGGAUUGAUUAUUAACUUCUUGAAACAUUAUGAUUUGUCCUAAGCACAGGAAUAAGUUCUACCUGUUAAGAUUCUUCUUUGCAAUUAGUAUGUAUUUGUAUGAGCGUAGUUGAUAAUAUUUGUUGUUUGUAUGCAAUGUGAUCUGUGGUCAGUUGUUUCUCAAGUAUAUAUAAGUUCACCCUACCAUCCUCUUUCUCUCUCCCUCUCUCUUGUGUGCAUGAUGGCAUAGUUCCCAUUAUAUAGUAAAUUGUUCAAACAUUAUUGGUGCAGAUUCAAAGCAAUAGUUGACUAGGCCUCAAGUUUGGAUCACAGAUAAAUUCUGGUUUCCCACAGUGAAGACUAAGCAAUAGUUGACUCUAUUUCUAUAUGGCAACUUUUCAUUUCUUAA